UAUGUUUGGCCUUUUGUAGAAAAAAUAACAACCCGAUUGGAGGAAAACAAUAUUCUGGUUGACGAGGCUUUCCCUAUUUUUACACUUUAGCAUCUUCUUCGCAGAAACAGAAGUGAUUGCUCAAGCCUCAAGGUGCUCAAGUAAGGUAACUUUUUUUAAGUAUAGUUUUGGUGUUGGCUGCCUUAAGUUCUUUAGAAGUUGGAGCAAGGUUAGAGGAAGGGACGAUGCGCACGGUACACCGGAAGAUGAAGAUGUGUAUCUCUCUCCUCCAUUUUCGUCGCUUUUAUUCCAAUUUUCCACCCCUUUCUACCGCUCCCACUGGGACAGAUUUCCAAAUGCUUAAAUGUGUUCUUGAUGACUGUAAGAACUCAUCAGAUUCAAAAGAGGUACUCAAAACCCAUGCUAAGAUUGUCAAAUUAGGAUUUGGCAUGGAUUAUUCGGUCGUUUCUCGUCUGUUGUUGACUUAUAUUGAUUUUGAGAAGCUUGAUUUUGUCUGCCGCCUUCUAGAUGAAACCCCGUGUUGGAAUGUGGAUUUGUUUACUGGCAAUAUAAUGAUUUCAAGGUUUAUGAAGAAUGGCUAUGUUGAGGCUGCUAAAAGGGUGUUUCUUAACAUGCCUUCUAAAGAUGUCGUCUCAUGGAAUUCUAUGAUUGGUGGAUGUGUAAAGAAUUCUCGAUAUGAGGAGGCAUUAAGAUGGUUUAAAGAUAUGUGCUUAUUGGAUAUUGAGCCAGAUGAGUUCACAUUUUCUUCUGUUAUUGCUGGGUGUGCACGGCUUGGAGUCCUUGAUCAUGCUUUGUGGAUACAUGGUCUCUUAGCUGAGAAGGAAAUUGCAUUGAAUGGCAUUUUGCUAUCAGCAAUUAUAGACAUGUAUUCAAAAUGUGGAAAAAUUGAAAUAGCGAAAGAAAUUUUUGAUGGCUACCGUGGCAGCAGUGUGUCUGUUUGGAAUUCGAUGAUUACUGGCCUAGCAGUUCACGGACUUGUCACUGAUGCUAUUUCAGUAUUUUCUCGAAUGCAGGAGGGACAUAUUUGUCCAGAUAGUAUAACGUUUCUUGGGAUUUUAACUGCGUGCAGUCAUUGUGGUUUGGUUGAGCUGGGACAGAAAUAUUUUGACAUUAUGAGGAUAAAAUACUCUAUUGAGCCAGAAAUUGAGCAUUAUGGGGCCAUGGUUGAUCUUUUAGGUCGUGCUGGGAAACUAGAUGAAGCUUAUGCCACCAUCAAAGCAAUGCCAAUACUCCCUGAUGUGUUGACAUGGAAGGCACUUCUCAGUGCCUGUAGAACUUACAGAAAUGCAUCGUUAGGUGAAAUUGCUAUUACAAAUAUAUCAUCACUUGAUGGUGGUGAUUAUGUCUUGCUAUCAAACACAUAUUGUUCUUUAAACAAGUGGAGUAGCUCUGCAAACAUGAGAGAGACCAUGAAAAGGGAGGGAAUCCACAAGGAUCAUGGCAAAAGUUGGAUUGAAUUGGCGGGGGUCAUACACCAUUUUAAGGCAGGUAAUCAGGCUCACCCUGAAAUGGAGGCGGUAUACAGGAUUCUGAAACAAUUAAUUAAAAGAGUCAAGUUAGAGGGUUAUGUUCCUGCAACUGAUUUGGUUUUGAUGGAUGUUUCAGAGGAGGAAAAGGAGGAGAAUUUGAAUUUCCAUUGUGAAAAGUUGGCAUUGGCUUUUGGAAUUCUUAAAACUAGUCCAAGAACAGAAAUUCGAAUUUCAAAGAACUUAAGAACUUGCUACGAUUGUCAUUCUUGGCUUAAAAUAGUCUCAAGGAUUUUGACAAGGGUGAUCAUUGUCAGGGAUCGUGUCCGUUUUCAUAAGUUUGAAGCUGGUUCUUGUUCUUGUGGGGACUACUGGUGAGUGCUGAACAAGUUCUAAGUUUCAACGCAUGAAAUGUCCUUGAUAUACAAGGCUGUUUCUUAGAAGAGAUACAAAAAGUGGAUCUGUUGGCUGAUGAACCAGCUAAAGUUAGAGGGAGGAAAGUGGAUAAAAUGUCAAGUUGUUUUGCUUGAAGUUUGGAUAUGAAGAUAUUGUAUUAGUUGAUCUUACACAUUUACAGCUGCCGUAUAACUCCUCAUCAAGAUUGGUGCCAUAAAUUGCAAUUUGGAUUUGUGUUUUUCUAAAGAUGUGACCAGGAUUUUCUUCCCAGAAGCUCUGUUGCUUUGGUGCACAAUUUUCUUCUACAUUCCUUUCAUUGAAUGAAAUCUAUUGGUUUUACAAAGUUCUUUGUUGUCCUUCCUUACAUAGAAGGAACAUCGAACUAGGAUUCGACCCAUAUCUCUAUGGGUUACUAGGUUGCGCCUUAUGAGGCUGGUUUCUUAAGGGUUCUGUGCUGAUGCUCCAUAUCAAUUUCUUGGCGUUCACGGAUGUCAAUCCUGAUCAAAUGAAUUUCCCUACCUCCACAAUUUCCUCGCUUCGGUACUUUGUUGGGCCACCAAUAUCCUGAAAGGUUGUCAUCUUUUUGGUUAAGGUAUACGCUGGUAGCCUUGGUAAAGUUUUCAAGCUGAGAUAUUGGUAUAGAAGGAUUUAAUUCUCAGUUCUUUGUCAAGGUUGAUGAAAUGUCGAAGCCAAUCUCUGUUUUAUAAAUUUAAUGAAUCUCUUUAGGAGUAACUAUACUGAAAUACUCAAUAGUAAAAGAAGGGGUUGGAUUUCAGCUACUUGUUCUGCGUAGGGUUGCAGUUUAAAGUGGCUCUUAAUGAAUCAUAUACCUGAUGAUAAAUGGACUUUAUGAACAUGAAUUUUUUUCAUUUACGAGGUCACCUGAGUCCCACGUUCGAGUGGAAUUGAUUGAGGACGCCAACGGUCUAAGAACCAAUUGACUUUCAUCCUUUCUGGUGAUGUUAGACCACGAGCCUGUCAUGUAGCUGUAUGACGGGUAUCAAUGUAUCAUCACAGUAUCACCGAAAGCUUAUUAAAUUGUUAUUACAUAAUUCAACAGCUAUGAAGAAUACCCGGUUGAUUCUGCCUACAUCUCCAGAGAAAUAAUAUUCACGUGCCAGUGCUCCAAGGAAAUAAACAUGGUGGUGGGAUCACAUUGCCUUUUUUUUCCUAAUGCUUCUUCCUGAUGUGCAUGGUGCACCUGCCUGGCUUUCUCGUGCUAAUUAUUACCCGGCAUCUUCAAUGGGUCUGUGGUAGUUUGCCUUCCUGUAUGUCAGAGAGCUGGCUCUCAAUGUGUCUUUUAGCAAGGUUGAUCUAAGGUGUCAGUUCUGCAUAAAUAGUUGAACACUAUCUACAGUGACUAUGAUAAACAAGUUAACAGACGGGAUCAUGCCAUGUACAUCAUACAGUCAUUGGUAUUUCAUAAUUCAACGUUAGUUACAUAGAAUAUAGUGAAUUCUGCCUGCCAAUUCAGAGAAGACGCACUUGUCCAGGGAUUGUCAAGGGGAGUGAUCAUGGUGGUAGAAUCACACAGUUUUUUAGACGAUUGUGGUUCUUGAAGGAUGUCCUCCUGGCUUUGUGAGCUAUAUAGUAUCUUCAGGCAUCUUGAAUGGGCACUAUUGAAAAUUUGCCUCCAUAUAUAUCUGGGAGUUGGCUCUCAUCAAUGUCUUGUAGCAUGGUUGAUUUCAGCUGUUUCUUCUCCACAAAU